UACUCACCAGUUGGUGGUGGUAAUGGUGGCAGUAGUAGUAGUGAGUAGUGGUAUUGUGGUGGCGGUGUGUUUCUCGUGUCGCCGAGAACGUCUGUUGGAAGUUAGCUAGGUAGCGUUUGUCCGUGAGCCGAUCGAGGAGGUUUGUACGUUCGUUUCGUACUUUCGUAUUUCGUUAGGAACAACGGGAACGACAGAAGCCAUCAUAAAGGGGCAUAAGCACGCAUCUAGCAAGAAGGAGUAAGAAUAAUUCGUGUAACGUUCUUUAACGUUAGAGGGACAAUAUCACGAUAAUAGAUAAAAUCUGGUAGGGCAUGAGAUAUUGGAUAAUACUUUUACGAUUAAUUUGGAAAGUGCGUAAGCCAAUUGUGGCUAAGUUAGUGGUGUUUUUAUAAAUAGUGCUUAUUUAGUGUGCGCGGCGUGCAAGUGCCGUUGACGUUUCGUGUGUCAGUGUCCUCUCUCUCUCUCUCUCUCUCUCUCUCUUUUUCUCUUUCUCUCUUUCUUUCAUUCGGCGUCUCUUUCUCUCUCUCUCUCUCUCUCUCUCUCUCUUUUUCUUUCUCUCUUUGUCUUUUAUACGGAAACUGUUCUAGUCUCUCCUCUUUGACGUCCAACGGAAAGAAGGGGAUACAGCAACGGAAGGAAAAAAUAAAGGAUAGAAAGAGAGAGAGGGAGAGAGAGAGAGAGAAAGAGAGAGAGAGAAAGACUGCAAGCUUCUCUCUCUCUCUCUCAUUGCCAUGCCAAAUGACAGGUGCGAGGCGCCCCUCGAAAGGUUAUUCCCAUUGUUGACCAUAGGCUACGUCGUUCCCGCGUUAUUCUUAUACGUCGCCGUAAUCGCAGAAUGACGAGAUUACGUCGGGCCUCAUCGUUUUUUCGGAAGUCAGGCGAAGAAGAGGAGAAAAAACAGCAACGACGAAGACGACGACGAAGACCAGGAGGAGUACGGAUUCCCUCGCGCUAGCGACAGGCUAUGAGCGCUGACAAUGGGGACGACUCCUUGUUUUUCUAAUCGACUUGGCAUCGUUCAUCCACUUUUUUUUUCUUUUUUUUUACAGCCCACGUGGCGCUUAUGGGGCGAGGAAAGGGGCGAUGGCGUCAUAUACACUGUCUACUUGAAGAAAGUUCGUUAUCACAGACCUACGAGAAGCCUUUCCGCAUCGGACUCGGACGACGAGAUCUCGCACUUAGAAUGGGAGACCGUAAGAGUACGAUUCUUAAAAGCGGGUACCGUUCAACGUCUCGUAGAGAGCUUAGCCAACGACGAUGGAGAACUCGAGUCGACCUACAUCAAUGUCUUCCUUGCGACAUAUCGUGCUUUUACCACACCGCGAGACGUCCUCGAACUGCUUCUCGCCAGGUACGAUGCGCUCGACGAAAAUACAGGCGCCCUCACCGGUGAACAACAUCGUAAAACCCUUAUUCAGGCGCUUCAUGUUUGGCUCGACGCCUAUCCCGGUGAUUGGAAAACACCACCGAAUCAUCCACUACUCGCUAGGCUUCUCGAUUUUGCUCAUAGACGCUUACCUGGCUCGGAACUCGAGCUUAAGGCUAGGCAUCGUUUGCAUAGAUUCCAACGCGAGGAUCAAAUUGAUUGCGUGGUGUACGACAAUGGCCGAGUUCAUGGCAGUUCGGAUUCGAACGGUGAUCAAUGGACGAGUUAUACGUUCCCUGAAGUUCCACAACGACAUUUUGCGGAGCAAUUGACUCGGAUGGAUGCCGAAGUCUUUAAAAAACUCGUGGCGCAUCAAUGUUUAGGCGCAGUUUGGUCUAGAAGAGAUCGUUCGAGGAAUCACGAGGCAGCUACGGUCUUGGCAACGGUCAAUCAAUUCAACGCAGUAUCAUUACGCGUAAUAUCGACCAUUUUGACAGAACCGACAAUGAAGUCGCAAGACCGUGCGAGAAUUCUCGAGACCUGGAUCGACAUAGCGCAGGAAUUAAGAGUUCUCAAGAAUUUCAGUAGUUUGAAGGCUAUAGUUUCCGGUUUACAAAGUAAUCCAGUUUAUAGGCUCGAAAAAUGUUGGCAAUCAAUGCCAAGGGAGAAGCACGAAUUGUUUCGUGAACUCGAAAGAAUUUUCUCCGAGGAGAAUAACGCUUGGACGCAGCGAGAAUUGUUGAUCAAAGAAGGUACAGCUAAAUUCGCCGACACCGCCGGUAGAAGCGACAGACAUCUUCAGAAAUUAUUUCAAAAACAAAAUACUCACGCUGGAAAUAUCAGUUACGGCACGAUACCGUACUUGGGCACGUUCUUGACAGAUCUCACGAUGAUCGACACCGCCAUCCCCGAUACGAUAGCGGACGGUCUGAUCAAUUUUGAUAAGAGACGAAAGGAGUUUGAGGUACUGGCAAGAAUAAGAUUGCUUCAAGGUGCAGCAAAUGCAUACAACUUUAGUACGGAUCCAUUGUUCGAUCGUUGGUUCCAUUCCGUGGUGGUGUUGGAUGAUCGAGAGGCUUAUAAAUUGAGCUGUCAAAUCGAACCACCACCACCUGGUAACACCUUAAAUAGUCGGGGCAAGAAGAAACAGAGUCAUCAGGGUCAUCGGAAGAAUGACUCGAUAGCCUCUACGUCGAGUUCUAGCAGUUCGCAAUUCUAUUGCGAUCUCGAUUCUUUACCUAGUUCGCCGCAUAACUCGUUGGAUCGUCGUACAUCGCCUUCGCAAAUGUCAAGCUCCUCUUCGAGUUCUUCUCUUCCUUCCUUGGACGUGUCCUUGAGCUCGGGCGGAGGUGGCGGCGGAGCAGGGGUUGGUGCAGCCAAUCGUUUGGCCCCACCGACCGGGACUUCUUUUACAGGGAAUGGAAGUACUCCGAAUUUGGUUGGAUUGUCCAGUCCAAGUCAUUCGCACAAGAAUUCACCAGACUUUUACAUUAUUAAGGUUACCAUGGAAAGCGAGAACGUUGAAACGGACGGUGUUGUGCUUUACAAAUCUAUCAUGUUAUCCAACAACGAGAGGACUCCCCAAGUAAUACGUAAUGCUAUGCUCAAACUAGGGAUCGAGGGUAGUCCCGAUCAAUAUACUCUCGCCCAAGUUUUACCCGAUCGAGAAAUGGUUCUACCCCAUUCGGCUAACGUUUAUUAUGCCGUUAAUACCGCACAUAAUCUUAAUUUCAUUCUACGACCUAAAAGGGACGUCAACGACUCUGCCACGGAAAGUCCGAAAAGUAAAAACAGUCACAAUCAUAAACGGUAGUGUUGGCUACACGAGGAUCUUAUCCUCGGUCUAUCCUCGAAACUUUCGAUGCGACACGAUCGUUUAUCGCGAUUCGAAUACGAUCACGAAGGAUAGGGGAAACAAAAGAUAAUUUAAAGAGAGAAAAUAUUCCUUUUCUUUUUUUUUUCCUUUUUUUUUUUCUUUUUUUUUUCCUUUUCUUUUUUUAAUUUAUUUUUCUUUUUUCUUUUCUAUUCCUCGAAUCAACCAUUCGACACUCGCGAUACUUGUCGAUUACAUUAUUUCGAAGAAAAAUUUCGUUUGUAUCGAAUGAUCGACAUUGAAUCUCAUCGCGCUGCCAUUAGGUGUGUUUCGCUAAUUUACUUGUUUACUUUUUAUUUUUCUUUUCCCCUUGUAAUUUUUUUCUUUUUGUUUUUUUUUUUUUCCCUCCUUGUGAGAACCAUGACAGAGUCGUUACGUCGUCCGUUAUUUCGUAAAUAAAAUCGAUCGGAUUCGUAAAUCGUUAAUCGAUCGACACUGAUCGCGAUGAAUUUAAUUUAUAAGAUACGUCAUUUUUAUUCUUCUUCCAUUGCAACGUAACGACGGACUAAUUAAUUAAGUGUUAGCAGAAUAAAAAGAAAAAGAAAAAAAAAAAGAAAAAAAAAAAAAAAGAAGAAAGAAUAGACACCGUUUAGCAUGGAUACAUAGGUUUUUAUCUAUCGUAUAGAGAUUGUUUAGCCGUGAAAGAAAUGUAGAUGAAGGAAGGUAUAAUAUUAUUGUACAAUGUAAUAUCGAACGCGAUACGUAUAUUUACAAACAAAUUUGCGUUAUACACGCUACACACAUACAUGUACACUUAUUCUUACGCACACGCAUACACACACACACACACACACACACACACAUUUAUGUUUACCUAGCGGUUAUAUUGAGAUUAUAAGGAGAAACAGUUUAUUGGAAUUAGAGAAGAAGAAGAAGAAGAAGAAGAUGAAGGGAAGAGUCCGCGUUGGAAAGAUAAAAAAAAUCAUUGUGAUCGUCGUGUAUAUAUAUA